UUUUGAUUAAAAUAUGUUCGUAAUUGACGAUAUUUAAUUAAACUGAAUUAUGUCAGACAAUACGAGUAAAAACAAUGAAAGGACAUACUUUCUUCGGACUAUAUGCAUGUAUAUGGACCUAACAAAAGACACUCUUCUUCAGUUGUUUAAACAUUUAAUUAAAAGUGAAAAUAUCACAAAAUUCUUGACUGACAUAGAUACGAAAGCGAAGCUUCAAGAUCUGUUUAAGAAAGAUACCCUAAAUAAAACUGAAUACAAUCUUAUAUGUUCCACAUGGCCGGAGCCUGAAAAAUUUGAUAUCGCACUGUUGAUUAGGCUCAUCCUAGGAUUAUUCACGGAUGAAAUAUCAGAACCACAGCUAGGAUGGCAUAACAAAUUACAACCUAUGGAUGAAUCACUUGGUGCAGACCUGCUUCGUUUAAGAAAUACCAGUAAUAAACUGAUUGGUCAUCGGGAAAGUGCAAAACUCGACGAAGCUGAAUACAUUCACAUUUUCGAUAAAAUGAAAGCAAUAUUAGUAAGGAUUCUUGAGGCUUUUGAUCGAGAAGAGGCGGAUUAUUUGAAGAAAAAAAUUAGCGAUUAUAAGGACUUCCAUUUUGAGACUGAGACUGGGAAAAUAAAGAGAUAUCUCAGUGAGCUCGCAGAGGCAGACAACGAAACAAAGAAACUGCAAACUCAGGUUGAGGAUUUGUUGAAGAAAUCAAAAGAAUUUCAGACGUUUUUUAAGACAACGCCGGAACGGUUUGUUUCGAUACCUCAAGCUGCUUUUUGAUGGAGGUGGAACCGCUCUCCGUGGGAUUCUAGAGAGAGAAUUGAGAAAAGCAGACAAGAGUCUGGAUUCUCUCCUUUCCGAAAACAAAGAGAUACUUUUACAAACUAUUCAGGAAGAAUAUUAUCAGUUGCUUUUCCCACAAGAAUCUGGUCAAAUAGAUCAUAAUUGCUGGGAUGUUGGCCUUCUAGUAUCUGUCAUUCUCCUGAUAUUUCCAAAUUUAAGAAUGGAUGAGAUAAAUAAAAUUGAAAAAAUACAAACUGCCAGACAAAACUAUGCAAUGCACGCUAUAAGCUGUUUAGAUGCGGACGAUUUCCUUGUCAUUUGGACAGAUUUGAUUAGAAGUCUUGAACAUCUUUCAAGUGGAAUUGAAGAAGAAAAGAAACUUCACAUUGAGACUCUUAUUGACCGCUACAAAAAAAAAGUGUAAUGAAGGUGAUGCAGAUGAUUAUUUAGACAAACUUAGACAAGGUGGAACUCCAAUUAAGACAUUGAAAGGCGUUUACGAUGGAUACAUGUAUCAACUAACGCAAAGAUUGAGACAAUUGAAAGAAAGAGGGCUACAAUUCAAGUGCGAACAUGAUUUAGAGCUUAAGAUAAUGGUAUUGUGUGAAGACGAAGAGAAGAAAAGAAACGCAGAGGACGUUCUUGAACAAAAAAUAAGAGCCUCUCUUCACCAAUCACAUGACGGUGAUAGUUUCUUGCAGAUGGAAACAGACCGGUUCAUGUCAAGUAUUACAUCUCAUCCAAACAUAAAACCUACUGGGAUCACUAGAUGCUGUAUCAUGGUUACAUUUACUUGUUCAACACUAGAUGGAGUAAUGCAUCUUCUGGACUACUUUAGCAGUCGGGACUUUCUGAACAGGAUUUGUAAUAUAUCAAACGAAUUGAGCUAUUUGUACGAAGAUGCCUUUCUCGUACAAGGAUACAUAACACUUGAAAGUCUGUCAAGCAUUCAGACUGCAGACUGUCAAAAAGAUGACUCUGAAAAAGGGAUCUCACUUCCAUUAAAAUGCAGCUCUGUUGAGGGAAUGGCACAUAUUUUGGAAACUUUGCAAAAUGUGAAAACGGCCAAUACACUGAACAGCAUUGCUGAUAAAAUCUCAGAAAGGCUUGAAGAAACUGUAUCCAUUCAUGUAACCACUAAUCUAUUUGAAUUUAAAGAUGUCGUCAAAGAUGCAGGUGCACAAGGCUUGAGAUCAAAGAAGUGUACUAGGGGUGAUCAAGCUCUUAAAAGAUCUUCGUCAAAGGAUAGUCAUGAAAGCCUUGAUUCAGUUUCAAAAUCAUUUGAGCUAUUGAAGGUAUCUGUCCAAGAAGAAGAGGUAUCUGUCCAAGAAGAAGAAGACGUGAUGGAAAAUGUUACAGACAAACCUGUAAAUGAAAUGGAAUCAGACUGUCAAGAGAAAUGUGGACGUCGUCAGAGGAAGAAAGAAAAUCGAUCACACCAAACAGAUCCAACGCAAAAAAUUGUCACCUCUGCAGGGGACUUUACAUUCCCUUGCAAUCCUACAACGAGACUUGGUCUACAGGAUAGCAAGAGAUUAGGCGAAACAAGCCCUGAUGAUAGAUUGAUGCAUUCAUUACAUGUAAGACCAACAAAUGUAACCGCCGAUAACACAUACUCACCACUUGACAAGAUGUUAAGAUUAUCUGAUAGUCAAUUCACGGAUGAUCAUGUAUGGCAAUUAGAUAGAGCGGAAUCUACUUUACGAGAAUUAGGAACAUCUGGCAGAGAAUUUACUUCUGAAGGUUUAAACGAUUUACAAACGGAUAUUGAACGUCUUAUUGACUCACUGCAAUUAGACGAGUCAUCUUCGACGAGAGUAAAAGAAUGGGGUCAAUAUCCGCGUAUUACAUUUGAUAGACAUGGAUGUAAAGAAAGACUCAAAUGUCUUUACCAGGUAAUUCAAAAAUGA